AUAAAGGGUUCCAAUGGCGAGUUCCAGGACUGGUGCGAUAUCCUGAUCAGCGCAUCGGGAGUCUUGAACUCGUGGAAAUACCCCAACAUUCCUGGCCUCGACCUGUACCAAGGAACAUUGAUGCAUAGUGCCAACUGGGACAACUCGUACGAUUUGACCGACAAGACAGUUGCUGUUAUCGGAGAUGGUUCAUUAUCCCGCCGAUUCAGCCAAAGUUACGAAGCUCACGGCUUUUUGCGGUCUCCCGUAUGGAUUACGACUAGGUUUGGAGCAAAGCAUGCCAGGCCAGGGAGUACCAACUUCAAGUACUCUGAGGAGCAGCUCAAUAACUUCAGAGAGAACCUAGAGGAGCAUACUCGAUACUACCGUAACGUGGAAGGGGAAUUGAACAAGCGGUUUACCUUGAUGCACGACUAA